AAACAAUCUAACCUGGCUCCUCUUGUUCUGGUCUAAAGUUUUGGAAUGCUUAUACACCCACCUGUUCAAUCUCCUAAAUGAGUUAUAGAGCAAUUGUUCCAAAAGAGUCGAAAUACGAACUUCAAGCCAAAAAGUGUCUACUUCACCUCAAAAAUUGGAACUCAAACAAAAACACCCUCUGGGUAUCCUAACUUGGGAAGAGCAAAUAGCUGUCGAGGCAAGAUGACCAAUAAGAAGAUACUGGCAAAUAAAGCUCAGAUUAUAACCCCCAAUGAUUGUGGUGACCCACGGAUUGGAUGGCUAACUACGAUCAGCUCUAAGAAAUCUCUAAAAGUGCCUAGGUACAAGCCAACAAUAUUAAACAAUAAAUUUCCAUUAAGAAGUCAAGGGUUUCAAAAGAAUAAAAACAUCCUGGAGCAUAAGAUAUAGCUAAUCAACAGAGUGCAGACACCAAAAUUAGGCUUCUAAAUGCAACUCCGCAUGAAAAGAGUUUGCUCAAAAAUAGAGUUGCUUAUAACAAGAUUGUCUUGGAAAGAGUUAAUUUCGAAAAGAAGCGAAGAGGCACAAAUAUGAAGAAGUAUCUACACGAGACUUGCAUAGUCAGAAAGGAUAUAAAGAGAGCAAACUAUUAUAUCCUAAAUACUUCAGCAAGAAAUUCACAAUUUAAAGGCAAGAUUUAACAUUUAUUUUAUAGAUAUAACUAAAAACAGUCUUGAUAUCAAACCAAUGGGUGUCAG